GGUGAGUCUUUCAACUUUGGUUCCAUUGGCUUUCCUCCAUGGGGGCAAAAUGGACCAGGCCAAUCAAAGCAAAAUAGGGACAACGAUGUGGGCAGGAAGAAGCUGCCACGAAGCUUCCUUCCUCUUCAACCCAAUCCUCAAACAGCAAUCCUCUUUAUAUGUGUCUGCUCAGCACUCUUGCAAUUUACAAACACGGCAAUAUUGCCCUCGGAGAGAGAGAGCAAUAGCUUCGCCGGAGAGCAGCCAUGAGCAGUCUGGGGGGUGUGAUCGCUGCUGCCGUGGGGAAACAAAUCGUCAGCAAGCUUGGUGAAUAUGCUGCGUCGGAGAUCACUCUGCAGUGGAGGUACAGGGAGGACGUGUUAGACCUGCAGGACAAGAUGAAAGAUCUCGAGGCCGUGUUGCUUGAUGCCGACGACAAGUCGCGUCAAGUAGGAGAAGGUGGAAGAGUAUUUCAGCGGUGGCUUACAAAAUUUAAGCGCGUCGCCUAUGACGUCGAGGAUGUGCUUGAUGAGUUGGAUGCUAACGAGCUCAUCAAGAAGAGCCAAUCCAAGUUCAACUUAUGGUUUUCCAGAAACAAUCAACUCCUGCAACGAAUAAUCAUGCCCCACAAGAUGAAGAACGUGAUGAAGAAAAUAGACGAAAUUGAAAAGGAGGGGAGAACGAAACUCAACCUUGUGCGUCAAGAAGCCCGGGGAGAAGAGAGCAGAAACAAUGAAACUUUUGCAGCCUAUUAUGGUGAUGGCACGAAAACUGGAAUGGUGGGGAGGGAUAUCGAGAAGGAGAAGAUAAUCAGCCUGCUACUGACAAGUGAAGCUAACCAGGAUAUCCCCAUCAUUCCAGUUGUUGGCCUUGGUGGCAUAGGUAAGACAACAUUGGUUGAAUCAGUUUUUGCAGACAAGAGGGUCAGUAUCUUUGACGUCUCAAUCUGGUUUAAUGUGUCCAAUCAGUUUGAUUUGAACAAAAUUGGGAGUGUAAUCCUGAAAAGAAUAAUGAAUAACACUGUCAACCUUGACAACUGCGAUUUGCAGUUUUAUCUGAAAAAAGAACUUGCUACUAGAAGAUACUUGAUUGUUCUGGAUGAUCUCUGGGAGGAAGAUGGAAAUAAACUUGAAAAGUUGAAGCAGAUGUUACAGCAUGGCUGCAAGGGUAGCCGUAUUAUAGUAACUACCCGAAACCUACGAGUAGCGCAACAAUUGCGCACUGGUUUCCUUGCAAAUGAGAGGAAAAUUGUCCCAGUUCACGAGUCUGACAUAAUAAAUUUGGGUGUUUUAGAACCUGGCGACUGUUGGGAAUUAAUGAAGCAAAGGGCAUUUGGGCCUGAUGAUGACCACAGUGUCUUGGAAGAAAUUGGAAAGCAAAUUGCGGGGAAGUGUGGGGGCUUACCUCUCGUGGCGAAUGCUCUUGGGCAUGUAAUGUCCGAGCAAAGGACCGUGGGGGCAUGGGAAGAUAUAAGAGACACCAAGGUUGAUCUGGGUUUGAAAGAAGUACAUCAGAAAGAAACAUUAGAGAGGCUAUUGCUGAGCUAUACCUACAUGAAACUAGAAUUCAAAAUGUGUUUCACGUACUUGGCAGCCUUCCCCAAGGGCUUUGUCAUGGACAUCAAUCGCUUAAUCCAGCAAUGGAAUGCUCUUGGAUACAUUCAUUCCAGGCACGAUGGUCAAAGGUGCAUCAAUUACCUUCUGGGGAUGUCCUUUCUUCAGACUCCGGUGUCUGCUUUGGUUAAUCCAAGUCUGUUGCAUUUCAAUGCUCCCUCGAAACUCGUCAUGCAUGAUUUGGUGCAUGAUCUUGCAUCAAUAAUUGUUACUGAUGAAUUCAUUGAUCUAGAUGCUACCAAAAGCACCACUUGGAACAUAGCUCGUUACUGCCGACAUGCACAGUUAACCAACUUCAAGAAUGAUCUUGAGGUUCUGAAAUAUAUUCCACGCAAGCUUAGAUCCCUCCACUUUAGGGAUCUGGGGGGACUGCAACUCCCGAAAAAGGCUUUUUCUCGGUCCAAGUACAUACGUGUCUUGGACCUAAGUGGACAUUCAGCUGAAGGCCAAUCUGCUCCAAGUAGCGUGGUGCUACCAUCUUCCAUUAAUCAAUUGAAGCUAAUUAGGUAUCUUGAUGCAACAGGCUUGACAAUAACAUCACUUCCUAAGUAUUUUCAUGCACUUCAAAACAUGGAAACUCUUAUUCUGUCCAAUUCCAAGCUUGAAACCUUGCCUGACCAUGUUUGUCGCCUCAGCAAACUUUGCUAUUUGGAUCUAUCUGGUAGUAAUAGCCUCAGUAAGCUACCUGCAUCACUAGGGGAGCUCUCUCAACUCUCUUUCCUCAAUCUAUCCGGGUGUUGUAUACUCCAAGAGUUGCCUGAAUCAAUUUGUGAGCUUGCAUACUUACACCACCUAGACAUGUCACAUUGUUGUGCUCUUCAAAGGAUGCCUGAUAAAUUUGGUAGCCUUCCUAAACUCUCAUUCUUAAACUUGUCAGGUUGCUCAAAGCUCACCAAACUACCUGACAAUGUAAGCUUACCGUGUUUAGAGCAUCUGAACCUAUCAAGUUGCCAUGAGCUAGAAAACCUGCCAAUUGAUUUCAGCCACCUUCAGAAACUUGAGUUCAUGAACCUGUCUAGUUGCUACAAGGUUUCAAUGCUGCCAGGAUCAUUUUGCCAACUUAAUCAUUUGAAAUACCUAGAUCUUUCAGAUUGCCAUAACCUCGAACAACUCCCUGAAUGUUUUGGUCACCUCAUCGAGCUUGAAUAUUUGAACCUAACAAGCUGUCCUAAACUCCGACAAUUGCCAGAGUCACUAUGCAAGUUGUUUAAGCUGAGGUGUCUCUAUUUGUCAUAUUGUCUGAGACUCAAGGAGCUCCCCUCCUCAUUUGGCGACCUGAAGCUUCAAAUACUUCACAUGAAUGGCCUUAUACUUAUGGAUGACUGCCCUUAUAGCAUUGGUGACAUGACUAGUCUCACCGAGUUUGUGAUUGAUUAUGCAACUUUUGAUUUUCUUGAAAAGAUUGAAGCCAUUCGAAAGCGUCUAAAUUUUGUGGGCACAGUAGGGCAUUAUGUACAUGAGAUAGAGAGUAGAGGAUGCAGCAGUAUAGUGGAUCUUGUUGGACUGACUUGUUCAGAGCUGAUACUUAAAGACCUUCAGAAUGUCAGGCAUCCAGAAGAUGCAGACAGAGUCAAACUGCGUGAUAAAUCAAAUAUUCGAGUACUAAAACUUCACUUCGGAAAUGAAGGAGGUAAAUCUGUGCUGGACAGGCUCGUACCUCCUAGGACUCUUGAUAACUUUUGGCUAUGUGGGUAUACGAGCAUGGAAUUCCCUAACUGGAUGCUUCACAUCUCGUCCUACAUCCCUUUUCUCAGUGAACUGACUCUGAAUGGUUUGGAAGCAUGUGAUUUUCUUCCUCCAUUAGGGGCACUACCAAAUUUGAGAAGGUUGUUUCUGUUGAACAUUCCCAACAUUAGGAAAAUUGGUAAGGAAUUCUAUGGAGAGAGCGGACCUUGUAAGAAACUAAGAGUACUGCUACUGGCGUCGAUGGAGAAUUUGGUGGAAUGGUGGACAACAGAGUCAUGUAAAGAAAACGAAGAGUUUCUAAUACCUAAUUUGCAUCAUUUGAAUGUAACAGACUGCCCAAAGUUGAAGUUCCUACCAUAUCCCCCAAGAAGUAUGAAGUGGUUUUUGAGCAACAGCGAACCAGUUUUGCCAGAGCGAGGAUUUGGAAAGCUCUUAUCUUCCAUUCAUCCUUCUGAGAUGGCUCUAAAGAGCUGUAGUUACUCUCAAGACAAGUGGGAUAGACUUCAACACUUUCCUACCCUUGAGAUAUUUCAGGUAAAAUCUAUCACUGGCUUGAAGACUUUGCCAGAGGUCAUACAAUGCUUCACCUCUCUCACUGAACUAAAUUUGGUAUCGUUGAAUGAGCUAGAGACACUCCCAGUAUGGUUGGGCCACCUCGGCUCUCUAGAAGAAAUUGGAAUCGGUGGUUGCCCCAACCUGACAUCUUUGCCGGAAAGCAUGAAGAACCUCACCGCUCUUAAAAAACUAAAGUUGAUAGGGUGCAAAGGCCUAAUGAUAUUACCAGGAUCGUUGGGACAGUUGACUUCUCUAGAAGAAAUUGAAAUCAGCGAUUGCCCCAACCUGUCAUCUUUGCCUGAAAGCAUGAAGAACCUCACCGCUCUUAGAAAAUUGACGUUGACAGAGUGCAAAGGCCUGGAAACAUUACCGGGAUCCUUGGGACAGAUGACUUCUCUAGAAGAAAUUUCAAUUGGCGACUGCAGCAACCUGACGUAUUUGCCUGAAAGCAUGAAGAACCUCACCGCCCUUAAAAAACUGAGGUUGAAAAUGUGCAAAGGCCUGGGGACAUUACCAGGAUGGUUGGGACAAUUGACUUCUCUAGAAGAAAUUUUAAUCAGCAUUUGCCCCAACCUGACAUGUUUGCCUGAAAGCAUACGGAGUCUCUCUGCUUUGAAGCUACUCAGAAUUGUUGAAUGUCCAGGUCUGAUUGCUAGCUGCCAAGGGGAGGAUGCUGGCAAGAUUUGUCACAUCCCAACCGUCGAAUACAGCUGAUUUGUUGUACAAAAUUGUUGGUCUCAUGCAGAGCUCAAGGUCGUUGUCGCCCAACGAAAUUUGCACAAAAUUUGUCAUCUGUGCUCCUGGUGGUUACAUGCAUGGUGCUCUACUCCGUACUACAUAAUUGUGUUGGAGGUUGUCCUGUUGGUCCUAGGAGCUGCAGAGGAGGUAAGCGGCCUGGAUGGAUUAUAACAUGCAAAAAUUGAAAUGCUUGUCAAAUUCACAUGUUGUACCAUUUUAGUUUUACCGACCCAGGAUGAUGUGUGGCUGGCUAGCUACAUUGCCUGGAAUUAUUGUCAUACUGAAAAAGGUCUGGUGCUAAUAUCUCUUGCGCUUCAAGACUAGAAGCAGAAAGAGGGUGGCCUCAGUUUCUACUUACUACAUUCAUUGCGUCUGAUUGCCUCCGUUGUUUACCUUUGGUGAUUAAGAACUGUUUGCAUUGGGAUUCAACGGUGUAUUUUCGUUGAAAAACUUGUAUUUUUUUUUCGUUUAUUCACUCUUGUAAUCUCUAUUUGAAUUCAGAAUUAUUUCUGCUGAAUAUUUCCUGAUGAUGGAAAUGUAAUGCUGAU